AUGUGUAUGCGUAUGAAUUGGUAUGAAUAAUAGAUCCUGUAUGACGUGGUGUUCAAAGCGUCAAAACACGAAAAUACGUUUAGAGUGACAUUGUAUUUGUAUAAAUUUAAUUAAACAAAAUUUUUAAUUCGACUAAUUGAAAGAUUUAGUAAAUAAAUUUGAGUACAAAGAAAUCAGAAAAUAUGGUUUACAUAUCGAAUGAUGGUAAGGUUUUGGACACAACUCCACUACAUUUAAAAGUAUUCAGAUUCUUCACUGGUACAAUUUAUAUGGUUGUUAUGUUUUUCAGAACAUUGAUCAAUCCAGAUAUGAACAAACAUGGAAGUGAAUAUACAAGAGAUUAUAGACCUGGAUCUGGGCCACCACGUCCACCAACACGCAGAUUAGGGAGACCUAACACAGGAAAUAGUAUAGAUGUUCCAUUUGGAGGAUGUAGAAGUUGUGCUAGAUAAAUGAACAUUCAGGAAACAUGAGAAUACAUACAAUUUUUAUAUAAUUACCAUAACACUAUAAUUAUUAUUAUAUUAAAACAAAAUUAAUGAGUUA